CUCUCUCGGCAGGGGGCGGGGGAGGCGGCCGCGCGGUGACGCGCGGGGCUGCUGCGGCUGCUCCGCCGGCGGAUCAUCACUCUCGGCUGGGAUGGACGCAGGGCGGGCGGGCCCUGGCGCGCAGAGCCAGGAGUCCGGGCCUCCUGGCUACUGAGCAUUCCCCAAAGCCUCCCCCAGCCCUUGCCUUCCUUCCUAGGAGCCGCACCGACCUCUGCCUCGAGGCUCCGGACUCGGCCCCCGCCCUCUUCUGACUCCCCGGAUCUCCCUCUCCCGCCCGCCCUCGGGAUCGACUAGAUCCCUCCCCCUCCCCGAGGAUUCCGGCUGGAUCCCUGCCCCUGCACCGCGGAUUCUGCGCUCCGGGGCCCCGGGACCCUGGGGAUUGCUGUGGACUCCUCCUCCAGCGCCCGAUCCCUUAGGAUCUUCCGCCUGGACCGCCUCCUGGUCCCUCGAAGCCGGCCCAGAGAGCCAGUGGAUCUCCAAUCCAAUCCUGUCCCGUUGCUCCCUUCUGGCUCAGCCUUCCCCACUGCGGGGUUCCCUGUUCUUGAGGCUCCCUCUGACCCCAUACCCUAGCUUUCCUUUUCCUGGGGAUCGACUGGAUCCCGGCCCCGCCCCCCGGGGCUGGGGCGAUCCCCCUCCCCCGCCGGGUGAGGCGCUGCAGGCGGGGGCUGGGCCUGCGGGGCCGCGGGGGCUCAGAGGCCGCCGCCCCCCUUCUGAAGCCUGUCCGCCCCCCACUCGGAGCCCUGGAUGGAGGCACCACGGCCCCAGGGCUGAUCCAGGUCGGGCCUGCCUGCACCUCCUCCUACCUUCUUUCCCUUCCCCACCCCUCACCCCCUCCAUGGAGAGGAACAGACUCCUCUUCUGUCCCUUCUAACCCAGGUCCCUACCCGUCCCCCUCCUCCUUCCUUUCCCCGCCCCCUCCUCCCUCCUGGGGCGAGGGGGGCCUCCCUCCCUCUCCCCCCCUUCUCUCUCUCUCCGAGGGGGGGGUCAGGGGAGGGAGGGGGGGUCCCCCAAUCAGCAUGUGGCUCCUGGCGUUGUGUCUGGUGGGGCUGGCUGGGGCUCAACGGGGAGGAGGGGGUCCCGGCGGCGGCGCCCCGGGCGGCCCGGGCCUGGGCCUCGGCAGCCUCGGGGAGGAGCGCUUCCCGGUAGUGAACACAGCCUACGGGCGAGUGCGCGGCGUGCGGCGGGAGCUCAACAACGAGAUCCUGGGUCCGGUCGUGCAGUUCUUGGGCGUGCCCUACGCCACGCCGCCCUUGGGCGCCCGCCGCUUCCAGCCGCCUGAGGCACCGGCCUCGUGGCCCGGCGUGCGCAACGCCACCACCCUGCCGCCCGCCUGCCCGCAGAACCUGCACGGGGCCCUGCCGGCCAUCAUGCUGCCUGUGUGGUUCACCGACAACUUGGAGGCGGCCGCCACCUACGUUCAGAACCAGAGCGAGGACUGCCUGUACCUCAACCUCUACGUGCCCACUGAGGACGGUCCGCUCACAAAAAAACGUGACGAGGCGACGCUCAAUCCGCCAGACACAGAUAUCCGGGACUCUGGGAAGAAACCAGUGAUGCUGUUUCUACAUGGCGGCUCCUACAUGGAGGGCACUGGGAACAUGUUCGACGGCUCAGUCCUGGCUGCCUAUGGCAAUGUCAUCGUAGCCACGCUCAACUACCGACUUGGGGUGCUCGGUUUUCUCAGCACUGGUGAUCAGGCUGCAAAAGGCAACUAUGGGCUCCUGGACCAGAUCCAGGCCCUGCGCUGGCUCAGUGAAAACGUUGCCCAUUUUGGAGGUGACCCUGAGCGCAUCACCAUCUUUGGGUCUGGUGCAGGGGCCUCCUGUGUCAACCUGCUGAUCCUCUCCCACCAUUCAGAAGGACUGUUCCAGAAGGCCAUUGCUCAGAGUGGCACCGCCAUUUCCAGCUGGUCUGUCAACUAUCAGCCGCUCAAGUACACGCGGCUGCUGGCAGCCAAAGUGGGCUGUGACCGUGAGGACAGCACCGAGGCCGUGGAGUGUCUGCGCCGGAAGUCUUCCAGGGAGCUCGUGGACCAGGAUGUGCAGCCUGCCCGCUACCACAUUGCCUUUGGGCCCGUGGUGGACGGCGAUGUAGUCCCUGACGACCCCGAGAUCCUCAUGCAGCAGGGAGAAUUCCUCAACUACGACAUGCUCAUUGGUGUCAACCAGGGAGAGGGUCUCAAGUUCGUGGAGGACUCUGCGGAGAGCGAGGACGGCGUGUCUGCCAGCGCCUUUGACUUUACCGUCUCCAACUUUGUGGACAACUUGUAUGGGUAUCCGGAGGGCAAGGACGUGCUCCGAGAGACCAUUAAGUUCAUGUAUACGGACUGGGCUGACCGGGACAAUGGCGAGAUGCGGCGGAAGACCCUUCUGGCACUCUUUACCGACCACCAGUGGGUAGCCCCCGCUGUGGCCACUGCCAAGCUGCAUGCCGACUACCAGUCCCCUGUCUACUUUUACACCUUUUACCACCACUGCCAGGCUGAGGGCCGGCCAGAGUGGGCUGAUGCAGCACACGGGGAUGAGCUGCCCUACGUCUUUGGGGUGCCCAUGGUGGGCGCCACCGACCUCUUCCCCUGCAACUUCUCCAAGAAUGAUGUCAUGCUCAGCGCAGUAGUCAUGACCUACUGGACCAACUUCGCCAAGACUGGUGACCCCAACCAGCCUGUGCCACAGGACACCAAGUUCAUCCACACCAAGCCCAACCGCUUCGAGGAGGUGGUGUGGAGCAAGUUCAACAGCAAGGAGAAGCAGUACCUGCACAUAGGCUUGAAGCCGCGCGUGCGCGACAACUACCGUGCCAACAAGGUGGCCUUCUGGCUGGAGCUCGUGCCCCACCUGCACAACCUCCACACAGAGCUCUUCACCACCACCACUCGCCUGCCCCCCUACGCCACGCGCUGGCCACCCCGCACACCGGGCCCGGGCACUUCCGGCACCCGCCGGCCACCCCCACCCGCCACUCUGCCACCCGAGUCUGAUAUUGACCCAGGCCCAAGGGCCUAUGACCGCUUCCCUGGUGACUCGAGGGACUACUCCACGGAGCUAAGCGUCACGGUGGCCGUGGGGGCCUCCCUCCUCUUCCUCAACAUCCUUGCCUUUGCCGCCCUCUACUACAAGCGGGACCGGCGACAGGAGCUUCGGUGCAGGCGACUCAGCCCCCCGGGGGGCUCAGGCUCGGGUGUGCCUGGUGGGGGCCCCCUGCUUCCCACUGCUGGCCGGGAGCUACCUCCAGAGGAGGAGCUGGUGUCCCUGCAGCUGAAGCGGGGUGGUGGCGUUGGGGCGGACCCUGCUGAGGCCCUGCGCCCUGCCUGCCCACCCGACUAUACCCUGGCCUUACGCCGGGCACCGGACGAUGUGCCUCUCUUGGCCCCGGGGGCCCUGACCCUGCUGCCCAGUGGCCUGGGGCCCCCACCCCCCCCCCCACCUCCUUCUCUCCAUCCCUUUGGGCCCUUCCCACCACCGCCUCCUACUGCUACCAGCCACAACAACACGCUACCCCACCCCCACUCCACCACUCGGGUAUAGGGGGCGGCUUGGGGAGGUCUGCCUCCCUAACCCUCCCCAGCCCAGGCCACUUGAAGGCAGGGAGGAGGGCUUGGCACCGGGCUUUUUCCCCGUGGAUUGUCAGACGCCGUGGAGCAGCGAGCGUUAAGGUGGACAUGGGAUUCCUCACUGGGAUGCAAGCUUUUCCCAAGCAGAGAAGCCCAGUCUCUUCUCUGGACCUGGGCCUUUGAACACCUGGGGGUGUCUUUGCCCUCCGUUGGGACACCAGUCUUCGGUGUGUGGAAAUGUGGAAGUCCUUUUUUCCCACGUGAAGGUUGCUUUCCUCAUGAGGGGGGUGUUUUCCCACGUGCAGGGUGAGGUGUUUUGUUUUGCCGCCCUGGACACAUGUUGGCCCCCUCAAAGAAUUUCUGCGGAGAUUUGUACCCUAGAAUCCUGUUCCCUCAUACCUUUGCCUUCUCCCAUUCCCACUCCCUGGAGACCCUGGAAGUGAUGUGUUCACAUACAGUGACCCUUGGCCACACCAGACAAUACAGGGUGAUGCCCGGGGAACAGCAAGGAAAUCACAGGCCCCCUGGACUCCACUCCCCCUCCACCCUGAAAAGCAUGUUUCUCCCCCAAGGCACAAGUCAGGUGAAGCAUGUUCUCCCUGGAGGCCCCCCGCCUCCCACAGACAACACAGAUUUCCUGCUAGAGGAAAGGGAGGAGAUCUGUGCAUCCCAGGACUGCCUGGAAACUUACCUGCCCAUGGUCCAGGACACAUUUCACUGAAUGGAAACAUGUUCUUGCAUGUGGAUGUGUGUUUCCCAGGCAAAGGGUCCCGCCCUUCCCAGCACUUCCCUGCAUCCCCUGCACCUCAGGCCCAGCACACAAUUCCUCCUGACAUAGCAGGCGGGGACAGACUUCAGACUGAUAGACGCCACGGGGAAGUACACACUCGAAGGGAGAUGCUGAGGUGGGAGAAUAAGGGGGCAUGGGGCAUGGAACAUGUCACACAAGAGGCCAUGUGUGUUUGACCUAAGCCUUCACAGGGCCUGAGGACAGCUUUCCCUCAGUCCUUGAGAUCAUUGCUCAUCCGUGCCAAACUGGCUAGUGGGGUUGGGAGACUCAGAAUGUGCCAAGGAUCCCCUAAGUCCUAGUCCAGGGAAGGGAAAUGCCAAGGACAGGUGGCAGCUAAGUCCCUACCCCUCAUGUCUCUUCCCUAUGCCAUUUCUCCGUAUCCGCCUUUGUUCCUCACGCUCCAUCACUGGCUCCUUCUUCGAUGCUCUCCCCAUCUCAGGGUCAGACCAGCCUGCUCUCUUCACCCUCUUUGACCUGCCUACCCUUCCUGAUUGGCUGAGCUGAAGGAAAGGAGCCACAGAAGGGGGAGGGGAGGAGACGGGAAAAAGGUUACACGGACAGGUUGGGGAGAAUGAGGUCAGCUGUACCGAGGAGCAGAUGGAGGGGGCUGUGGAGGACAGGGCUUGGGCAGACACCAGCAGGGAGAUUUUUGAAAGGAAAUGUGGGAAGCCGCUGCCCAAAGGUCUUUGUAUUUGGACCUCUGGGGACAAGAACGAUGUCAGGAAAGGUUUUAAGGGACAGCGGUGGAGGUGUGACCAAAUCCUCAUAUAUUGCGUGGCUUUCUGUGGGAUGUUAGUGCCAAACUUGUAGAGGGUGGGGUGCUGUCUUCUACUGACCCCCAGAUCCAGAAUCCUUGGUCUGGAGUCCCUGUCCUUUUUCCACUCCCACUCAUGGAAACCAAGUUCUUUUCUGGCCCAUUCCCCUGCCUGGUCUAGCAAUUCUUGGAACAGCCAUGCCUUCCAAAUGCUAUCAACCUGGGCCCUGAGCCCUUUAAGUGGAUUCCUCAGAGCUGGGGUGUGAGGAGGGGGCUGGAGGACCCCAUGAUACAGCCACGGACUCCAAUGCCCAGCCCCUUUCCAAACAAUCCCAUGUCCCCACCCCAACCCUUUGCGGCUCUGUACACAUUUUUAAACCUGGCAAAAGAUGAAGAGAAUAUUGUAAAUAUAAAAGUUUAACUGUU